AGGACUCCCAGACCCCUCACCUUCUGCCUCCCCUGGUCGCGUCCGGGUCCUUGCGGAGCUAACUAGCUCGCCACGACGUCAAGAACGACGUAACGUCAGGCCGCUGUGGGCUCAGGGAAUUGUAGUCCAGAGCCAGAUCGGCCACGGACAAAAUGGCGUUCUCUUAUCUCUGAGUCCGGGCCUGGUUCAUUUUGAAAUUUUUGCGCCCCCGAGGCUUCGGAGAGGGCGUCGCCACUCCAGACUCUCCAGCAAGCUUGAAGUCAUCUGACGCUAAAGGACUACUUACCUCAAGAGCUCCAUCGUCACAGAAGGAGGCGGCCAAGUUCGCGGGGGGAGGGGAGGAGACAAGAGAGUCGACCAGUAAAGCCUCAAGGGAAAUGUAGUCCAAGGCCUGAGAAGCGGCGUUGCUGGUAAUAGAAGGUAAUUCAGUACCAGCCUGGGCCUGGCCGCGGUGACCGAGGCGGGCCGCGUCGCGGAGACUUCUGGGAGUGCUUCCUCGCUCUCCGAGUGCGCAAGCGCAGCGCACCGAGUGGACAUUUUGGUCUUUGUCCGCGGGUCAGUACGGCCCCUGGGUCCACGUGGCGCGAAAGUAGGAGGUUAUAUGAUCUUCUGUUGAAGCAAGAAGACAAACUGUAUGGUGGAGAAAGAAGUGGGAAGGAUCUGUGCAGAAGAAGCCUGAGAAGAUGAUGCACAGAUAGAGAGGCACCAGGACUUGGGAGGCACAUUGAUCCAUCUCCAGGAAAGACUGAGAAAAAGCAUUGAAUAUAAGAAAAAAUACUUCCUCUGUUCUCAGAUCUUAUUUGUUUUAAGGCCACACAUUUUUGAAGUUUUGAGUUUGAAACACAACCUGGACUGAAAUCAUGAGGGAGGUUGUGUAGGAAAGAAUCAUCAAGGGACUUAGUUGGGAGCUUCUCUACCACAGCUUACUCCUUAUGGUAUUAACCCCCUUUAAGUGUAAAUGCCUUUGGUUUAAAACGUUUGUACCUCAUCUGUUACCAGAGUGUUCAUACUGGAGAGAAACCCUAUGAAUUUACUGAAUGUGGGGCAACUGUUAUUCAUAUGUUGCAUUUCGUCGAACGUGGAAGUCAUGCUGAAGAGAAACCCCGUGCUUCUAAGGAGUAUUGACAAGCCCUUAGCUAGAUGACAAUCUCAUUGAGAAGCAGAAAAUUCAUGCUGGAGAGAAACCAGUGAAGGUAGCAAUACUUCAUUGAAUAUUAGAAAAUUUUUCUGGAGAGAAAGCAUUGAAUGUACUGAGUAUGAUAACACUUCCUCUCGAACCUUAUCCCUUACUCCGUAUUUGGGAGAUCAUACACAGAGAAGCCUUAUAAAUGUAAGAGAUGUGGAAAUAUCUUCAGCCAAAAGUAAAUCCUCACUCAUCAAGAAAUUUUUACUGGAGAGAAACCUUGUGAAUGUGGGAAAGCUUCCAUUCAGAUGUCACACCUCAGCCAGCAGAGAAUUUACAGUGGGGAAAACCCCUUUGCCUGUAAGGUAUGUGGGAAAGUCUUCAGCCACAAGUCAAACCUCACUGAGCAUGAGCAUUUUCACACGAGAGAGAAACCUUUUGAAUGUAACGAGUGUGGAAAAGCCUUUAGCCAAAAGCAGUAUGUCAUUAAACAUCAGAACACCCAUACGGGUGAGAAGCUUUUCGAAUGUAAUGAAUGUGGAAAAUCCUUUAGCCAGAAGGAAAACCUCCUUACGCACCAGAAAAUUCACACUGGAGAAAAACCUUUUGAGUGUAAAGAUUGCGGGAAAGCUUUCAUUCAGAAGUCAAACCUCAUCAGACACCAGAGAACUCACACAGGAGAGAAGCCCUUUGUAUGUAAGGAGUGUGGAAAAACCUUCAGUGGCAAAUCCAACCUUACUGAGCAUGAGAAAAUCCAUAUUGGAGAGAAGCCUUUUAAAUGUAGUGAAUGUGGAACAGCCUUUGGCCAGAAGAAGUACCUCAUAAAACAUCAGAACAUUCACACUGGAGAGAAACCCUAUGAAUGUAACGAAUGUGGAAAAGCCUUCUCUCAGCGAACAUCACUUAUUGUACAUGUGAGGAUUCAUUCAGGUGAUAAACCUUACGAAUGCAAUGUUUGUGGGAAAGCCUUCUCUCAGAGCUCAUCUCUCACUGUGCAUGUGAGAAGCCAUACAGGGGAGAAGCCCUAUGGUUGUAAUGAAUGUGGGAAAGCUUUCUCUCAGUUCUCAACCCUUGCUCUGCAUUUGAGAAUACACACAGGUAAGAAGCCUUAUCAGUGCAGUGAAUGUGGGAAAGCUUUCAGCCAGAAGUCACACCACAUUAGACACCAGAAAAUUCAUACUCACUAAAAAUCCCAUGAACGCCUUGAAAGCGGGAAAGCUUUCAUUAGAGAUUUGCGCCUCAUCAUGCCCCAGAAAUAAUCCUUCUGAAGCAAAGCACCACGAAUGAGGUUAACGUUAACAAGUACUAAAAACCUAAGGGACACCAGAAAAUUUGUACUGAAGAGAGAGACAUGCAUAUGAUUAAAAGCCUAUGUCCAGCAGAGAAACCUGCAGCAGAGGUAGUGGUGAAAGUUUAGGCACAUUUUCACUAAAAAUGGGAACAGAAAAUGGAGGCCUGUUUUUUAUUGCUACCACCGUAGAUCUGGAGAUCUUCGCCAGUAACAAGAAAAAUAAAUUGUAAAUAUUGGAAAGGAACAGACAAAAAUAGAUGACAUGGUCAUCUACAACUAAUAUUAAGACUCCUGUGGUAUUGAUUCAACAGAGCAGAAGAGAUUUCAAAAAAAGACCUAUGCAUUUAUUAGAAUUUGGAAUAUGAUGCAGGUGGCAUCCGGAAGUGAGGAAAUAAUGGAACUAUUUUUUUUAAGUGGAGGUAGUUUGUUCUCCAAGUGGGAAAAGUAGACCAUGAACUAUACACAAAAGUGAAUCCAGAGAUUAAAAACAGAAAUAAGGAAAAGCUAUAUACUAAAAUGCAUAUGACCUUGGGAAUAGGGAAACAUUCCUUGGAACAACUUGAGAAAUACUUAGCAGUUCUGCUUGUGAGUAUGAAUGCUCAGGAAAUACACACUAGGAUAUUUACUGUGGCUUGAUUUGUAGUAGCCAAAAAUUAGGAACAACUGAGAAAGCCCAUCACGAACAAUAUGGGAAAUUCUUAUGUAAUACUAUAUAUCUGUAAAAUGCAACAAAUGAAAUCCACAUGUAUUAACAGAAAGAUCCCAAAAUUGUUGAGGGGGGUCAAGUUGCAGAAUGAUGCAGAUAGUACAAUGAUUUUUUGUAAAUUUGAAUUAAAAGUUUCCUCACAAAACUCAGUACUAUCUAUUGGUAAUGGAUGCAUAUAUGUAUGUACAUGUUUUUGAAAUGGAUUGGAAGGAUACAGACCAAACUCUUGAUAGUGGUCACCUGUGAAGAGUGGAGAAGGGAAAGUAAUGAGUGUGGGAGGUGGGAUGGGUAUUGGUUAAAGGGGACUUGAGCUUUUUAUAUAAACAUCCACUUCUCUUUCAAAAGACUUCAAGUAAAUAUAAGAAGAUACUGAUUGAUUCUGGAUUGUGGUAUAGGGAUAUCUUGUCUUAUUUUUUGUACUUUUCUGUAUUUUUAAAAUUUCUCAAAAUAGGAAUGGGAGUGAGGAUGGGAAUGCUGUAUCUGUGGAAGUAAUGUUUUACUGGAUUCAUUUCCAAUCAAAUACUAAACAUUUUAUAGAAAAUAUUUCUAAAAUUUUAUCACGGAUGAAUGGAUGGACUUGCUCUCUGUGUAAUAUGAAAUUAAUCUAUUUUAUUAAAAUUUAAAAUGACAGCACAAUCCAAA